GUGUAGCGGCGCUUCCUGCCCGCCCGGGGAGGCCUCACCCCAGGCCCGGGGGACCCCAGGGCCGGAGCCCCGCUGGGCCCAGGAAGGACUGACUGGGGAGGCCUAUCAGGCUAUGUCAGGAGCCCAGGCCCUCAGGAUAGGGCAGGUCCAUGGUCACACCAUGGAAAGUCAGCCCACGGUUGUUUGUCAAGAUCUGGCCCAGCGAGGGCAGCUGUGAUCAGACACAGCCCCGUGAUCAGCAGGCAGGGCCACGGUUCCUGGGGCGACGGCGUUGCUGAUGGAGACCGGCACUCCGGCAGCCCUGCUGCGGCUGGUCCUGGGCCGAGCUUAAACACACUCGGGGGAGCCCCAGGCUUGGCUGAUUGGGACCAUCAGGGCCCUGACAGCAGCCUACCCCCUCUGUCCUCACUCCCUAGAGAGAGCUCUAGACCAUUAACAAGACCCCUGGGACCUGCUCCAACUACGUGACUCUCCAAGGACAUCACCCUGUUUUGGGCAUGUUCUCAGAGCUGAAGUUCCCUGUGCCCUGGGGACAUGUGGCAGCCAAGGCCUGGGGACCCUCGGAGGGGCACCCUGUGCUGUGUCUGCAUGGCUGGUUGGACAAUGCCAACACCUUUGACAAGCUCAUUCCAUUGCUCCCCAGAGGUUGUUAUUAUGUUGCAAUGGAUUUUUCUGGCCAUGGUUUGUCAUCCCACCGACCUGCAGGCUGCCCCUACCAUUUCCUAGAUUAUGUGACGGAUGUGCGCCGGGUGGCAGCAGCCUUGCAGUGGAGACGGUUCACCCUCAUGGGUCACAGUAUGGGUGGGGCUGUGGCAGGAAUGUUCUGUUUCCUUUAUCCUGAGAUGGUGGACAAGCUGAUCCUGCUGGAAAGUCUUGGCUUUCUUCUAGCUCCAGAGGACACUGAGGAAUGGCUGAAAUCAAAACGGAAGGUGAUUGACACACUACUGAGUCUGGAAGCAAAGCAGCAAACUCCCCAAGCACGGAGCCCUGAAGCAGCACUGCAGAGGCUUUUAGAAGCAAACAGACAUCUGACAGCAGAGGGUGGGGCAAUCCUGCUGCAGCGAGGAGCAACUGAGACACCCGCUGGGCUGGUGUAUAACAGAGACAUGAGAGCCCGUACGAAGUUCCUCUGCCCCAGGGCCUCCUGGCCACAUUUUCCUGCUGUUAUAACUCUUCAGGCAGCAGAUGGAUGGGUGCUUUCUGUCAGCUUCUUUGUCAGCAGAGUCGAGAGUUCUUCACAGUGGAGCAGUGUGUGAAGCUCCUGCAGAAGAUCCAGGACCGUGUUCUCAUCAUUGUGUGAGUGAGGCACAAACCACACCAACCCUUGAUGUCUCUCACUGGAAGGAAUGAAGGCUAGGAAGGAGUCCUCCACUACCCCUUCCUCUGCACCAGUCAUCCAGACUUUUGGCCAGCUAGGGUAACAGUACAACUUCAAAUGUGAGAAGUAUUUGCCAGUUCCUCACCACUGCCCUGAGUUGGGCAGGCUCCUGGAGAAGGCAGAGAGCAACUGGAACAUCCACCCAGCCUGGCGCUCUGCUUUCAGUCUGGGACUCCCUGGUGGAAGGCUGACUGAGGAUACAGUCCUGCCCCAUCUUCCCUAUGCUUCACAAUUCCACCUCACAACUUUCCCAUUCCUUGGCACUACAGCAGGGGACCAUCCUGGCAACUACAUGACCCUCCACAGCACCACCCAUACUUGCUAUCCUCCUGACCUGACUACUCAAGUCAGCAACACAGCCUGCCCCCUUCUCCAGGCCCAAAAAUCUCUUGCCUGAGCAGACAGGUGAAACUACAGCAGUCUCCAUCUCCUCCAACUGCUCUUGAAGCCCCUGGUCUGACUGAGCUCCUGCAAGCUCUUUUGUGUGGCACCUGGAGCAAGCAGCUUUGGGGACAUGGCCAGUAGCUUGCACAGAGUCCGACAAGCUGUUAAGCUAUCUGGGUGCACAGCUUGUCCUCUGCC